CUUGCCUAUCGUUAUCGAAGAAAGAACUUAUUUGUUUUGAUUAAAACAAAACUAAAAACAAUGGGAAGUCCGGAGUUACCUUCAGAUCCUGGCCAGGAUAUGUUUCCAACCCCGGCGGUUGACCAUCCCCGUAAUGGUGUGGAGAGCGAGGACGACGAUGAUUCAGAUGCCUACGAUGGCUACCAACCACUCGCCCUGGAUGAAGAUAUUGACGGAGCAGCUCCCGAGGAGAUUCCCAUGGAGCCGGAGACACCUACUCAAGAUAACGACGAUGAUGUUGAUUUGAUGACAGCGCCAGUUACUCACGGCGAUCCCAAUAUGCCGGAUAUUGAGCCAGCGGAUGUCGAGAUCGAGCGUCAGGUUUGGAGUGAACCAAGACCAAGGGAAUUGGAGAUGGAUCUCGAUAGAACGCGGACAGAUCAGAUCCUCAAGGCCAUGUCCACCAUCACUUUGCCCAAUAUCCAGGUGCCGGAUUGGGCGAAAGGAGUGCCCGAAGAGCGAUGGAAGCAUGAGCUCCUAGACCGAAUAAACAACCGACACCAUCCACCAGAAUCUUCUUCCUCGUCCUCGGAGAACCCCCAGCAUUCCAAGUCUAAAAAAGAUUAGCGCGUAUAAUUGUGUAUUUAGAAAAACGUUCUCCAAUAUAUAUAUAAUUUAGAAUGAUUCAUAAA